UCUACAUCAUGUAUCACGCUCAACCACUGCCGCCUCAAGUCGACGUUGCCGCACUACUACACCCUGAAAAUGCGGUCAGUGCAUAUAAUGUUUGCCUGCGCUUUGAGGAGUCCGUUUCGACCAAACAAGACACGGAACGCAUCAUUUCUGCUCGAAUCUUAGGCUACCUGCUUCUUCAUCCAUCUUCACACGGUUCCCUCUCGGAGAUCGUGAAGGAGAUUCACUCCUGCAGCGAGGAUUAUGACGCUCUACAUAAUCUGGGACAGGCCUUUUUGGACUACUUUAUACGUGCAUUUCGCAAAUAUAAAGGCAGGACCCCUUUCACCUCCGACCACCCCAGCCGCCCAUCCUUUGACCAGCAGCGAUUAUUGCUGAAGGCCUCGAUCAAGGAGGCACCAAAAAGUCAUAGCACCGCCAAGGCACAAGCACUCUUACGGGACGGCUACAGAUGCACUGUGACCGGAGCGUAUGAUUUUCUGGCGCAGGAUAUGCUCAAUGACGAGCUUGCGGAUCCCCAAGUCUGGCUCGUGGAUACGGAAUGCGCUCAUAUCGUGCCUGAGUCCACGUAUCUCAACGUUAAUACUGACGACUCUCAACAAGCUUCGAGCAGAAAAGAUUAUGCGGCAUCAGUUUUAACUGUCCUAUCGCGGUUCGGCUACGACGUCGACAAAUUGAACGGUCCGAAGGUUCACUCGCUCUACAACGUGAUGACACUACAACACGAUGUCCACAAUAGGUUUGACCGGUUGCAGCUGUGGUUGGAGGAAACGGAUAUGGCGAACUGUUAUCGUGUCACAGUGCUCCUAGCAUUGCACGCGGCCUGUGCAAAGGUGGCCAACCUUUCCGGCGCGGCAGAAUAUCUUGACAAGCUGGAUCUGGAACUGGAGACGACAGACGUAUUGGCGUGUGAUGGAGGCUCAGCUGAAGUGUUGAAUCAUGCGAUUGCCUCUCUCGCUGGAAGGGGUAUCAGUGUCGGGGUGUAAUUGUCUAUUCUCGCACCCUCUCUAUGUAUGAUGCUGCGCCAAUUCAGGGAGAUGGAGCCUCUUGUUGCGAUUGUUAUCCUUGUUGUUCUAUGUCA